GUGGAAGUGACUGAGCAGUGUCGUGGUCACAGACCCCACCACACACAGCCCAUAGGAUUCUGGGAAGUGCUCCUGCCUGAGAGAAAACUCAGCUCAGAAGGAGGAAGGACAGCAGAAGCCAGGUGCCUUGCAGGAGCUGAAGGUCUCCUCAGAGAAAGGCCAGUACAGUGAGAAGAGAUAUGGAGGCAUCCUCUGAGCUUCUCAGCAAUGGGUGUACCCCCUGGCAAAGGGUUCUGCUCACAGCCUCCCUCUUUACCUGCUGGCUCCUCUCCACUACUGCCCGAGUCACCAUCCAUUCACCGCUCCAAGUGGUUGAAGGAGAAAAUGUUCUUCUACGAGUUGACAAUCUGCCCGAGAAUCUUCUAGCCUUUUCCUGGUAUAGAGGCCUGAAAAAUUGGCAGCUUGCAAUUGCACUACAUUUACUGGACUAUAACACAAGUAUGACAGGGCCUGAUCACAGUGAUAGAGAGAUAUUGUACAGCAAUGGAUCCCUAUGGAUCCAAAAUGUCACCAAGGAGGACACAGGAUAUUAUACUCUUCGAACCAUAAGCAAACAUGGAGAACUGGUAUCAAAUACAUCCACAUUUCUUCAGGUGUACUCCUCUCAUUUCACCUGUGGGCGCCCUUCCUUCCCUGCCAAGCUCACUAUUGAAUCAGUGCCGCCCAGAGUUGCUGAAGGAGGAAGUGUUUUUCUCCGUGUUCACAAUCUUCCAGAGUAUCUUCAAUUAUUUUUUUGGUACAAAGGGGUGAUUAUGACUAACAAGGUUGAGAUUGUCAGACACAGAACACUCAAGAAUUUAAGCGAUCCAGGCCCUGCCCACAGCGGUAGAGAGACAGUGUUCAGCAAUGGAUCCCUGCUGCUCCAGAAUGUCACCUGGAAAGACACUGGAUUCUACACCCUACAAACUCUGAAUCGAUAUCGGAAAAUGGAACUAGCACACAUUUACCUUCAGGUUGACACCUCCCUUUCCCCAUGCUGUGACACUCUUGACUCUGCCCAACUCAGGAUCGAUCCAGUGACUCGGCAUGCUACUGAAGGGGAAAGUGUUCUUUUCCAGGUCUAUAAUCUGCCAAAAGAUCCACAAGCCUUUUCCUGGUACAAAGGCGUAGAUAGCAAUCCAUACUUCAAAACUGUAGAAUAUAGCAAAGCAAGGUAUUCCAUGCUCAUUGGCCAAUCAUACAGCAGAAGAGAGAUUGGGUACCUUAAUGGAUCCCUGCUGCUCCAGGAUUUGACUGAGAAAGACUCUGGCUUGUACACACUAAUAACAAUAGACAGCAAUGUGAAAGUUGAAACCUUGCACGUGCAAAUCAACGUCCACAAGCUUGUGACACAGCCUGUUGUGAGAGUCACAGACAGCACAGUUAGAGUACAGAGCCCAGUGGUCUUCACUUGCUUCUCAGACAACACUGGGGUCUCCAUCCGUUGGCUCUUCAACAAUCAGAGUCUUCAGCUCACAGAGAGGAUGAGCCUGUCUCCAUCAAAGUGCCAACUCAGGAUACAUACUGUGAGGAAGGAGGAUGCUGGAGAGUACCAAUGUGAGGCCUUCAACCCAGCCAACUCAAAGACCAGUCUUCCAGUCAACCUGGCCGUGAUGAAUGAGUGACCCCUCAUCUCAUGCUAUAUCAGGGUGGGGGCAUUUCUAUAUUGAGAUGCCCACAUCUACCCACCCCUGCCAGUUACAGAUUUCCAUUCAUUUGUAUGGCCAGUUGGCCAUCUCUCCCAUCCCUCCCCGACCUGAUCCUGAACCCCUCCAUUUUCUCCCAUAUCCCCUCUCCUACCCAGUUCCCUCCCUCCAUAUGCUCCCCCCUUCUUAUGGGAUUUAUGUAUACACCCUUGGCUUUCCAACUUGUUUAGCUUCUUUGGGUCAGUGCAGUGUAGUGUGUGAAUCUUGUAUUUUUUGGCUAAUAUCUACUUAUAAGUGAAUACAUACCAUGCAUGCCA